CGAGAGGGCGAUGCAGUCGUGCCGCCGGCGAGGGAGCUGCCACCAUCAUGCAAGGGGACCAGGCGGAGAAGAGGGGGAAGGUGAAGAAGGGGUGGCUGGCCGUGCGGGUCGGCCAGGCCCAGGCGGAUCAGGGGCAGCAGGGCGACGGGUUCCGGCGGUUCGUCAUCCCCAUCGCCUAUCUCUACCACCCGCUGUUCCAGCGGCUGCUGGAGGCGGCCCGGGACACGUAUGGCUACACCUCGGCCGGCCCGCUCUGGCUGCCCUGCUCCGUCGACGAGUUCCUCCGCCUCCGCGCGCUCGUCGACCGGGAGACGGCGCACUCGCACUCCUCCUCCUCGCACCGCGUGCACGUGCAGGCCGGCGGCCACCAGCAGCAGCACGGCUACUCCUUCGCCCCGUGCACCCGCGCCAAGGUCACCUCCUGAUCGAUUAUCCAACAUCGAGCCCCGGCGGCCCUUCGUGCGUGCGCGCGCAUGGCUACUGUGGGCACCGGAGCUCGCGUGCGGGGAGGAGUCCAUCUGUGCACCGGAGACGACGCACAUCUACACUACACGUACAUAGAGAGGCAGAGAGAUACGGAGAUGCUGGAGAGGCAGUAGGCGAUUAGUCUAGGCCCCAUUAGUCUAUGGUCCAUAUUGCUUAUGAUUUCGGCCUUGUUGUUCUUCCGAUUCUUGCACAUGCAUGUGUACUAGUAGAUUAAUUAACAGACCGAUGUAUAAUUAACAGUUGAAUUCGAUCACAGUCGUUACAGCCCGGUUUA